AUGCUCCUCGUAGGCCUCGCGGUUGCCGACAAUCAGGAUCGCAAGCGGGACGGCACGGGCAACCAGGACCGCGACAGGAAGCGCGACGGCUCGUGCGCGAAAUCCGGCACGUGCACCGGCAACAAGAACGGCGGCAACCCCGGUGGUCGCAGCGGCAAUGGCGCUGGGAGGGGGAAUCAGGGGAAGAAAGGCACGGGGACAUGCAACAAGAGCGGCACUGCGAGUUGCGACGGCAGCGGGCGGAAGAACGCGGUGAUGGCGAGCGCGAAUGCGGUGACGGCUGCUGACGUGGACGUGCAGGCGUGUGACGGGCCGAAGCAAGCGGGAAAGCUGAUGAGCGGAUUGCGGAAGAGCGGAUUCACCAAGUUCGCCGCGGCGCUGCAGCAGACAGGUGCGCUGGGCCCGCUGCUGGCGCUGCCCCUGUCCUGUCGCUGUCCUGCCGCUAUUGCCCCAUCCCCAUGUGUCCCAUGCCAUGCCUCACACCAUGCCUCACCAGGUUUGGCGGCGGAGUUCCCAGACGUGAUGUGUGCGGGCGGAGUGACGCUGCUGGCCAUUCCUGAUGCGGCGAUGGGACAGCUGCCCCCACCGGUGCGAGGGGAUGCACUGAUGCUGAGGGAACAGCUCAUGCUGCACGUUGUCAAGGGCGCCCGCCCCUACGCGCGCAUGCAGGCUCGUGGCAAGAACUACAAGUUUGCGUGUGCGGCGGGGGCGGGGGCAGGGCGGCUGGUCAAGCAGAGCCAGGGCAGCGCGGCGCUGGUGCUGCGAGUGGGCAGGGGGUGGGGGCAGGCAGCAGCAGUCACGCGCCCCGAUGCCUUCCGGUGCACGGGGGGGGCGGUGCACGGAGUGAACUGCGCGCUGGGCUUGGGGCGCAUGGGCAGGCCCACCAGGCGCGUGCCUCUGGGGCAGUGCCUGCGCAACGGCAGGGACGAGGAUGAUGACUAG